AUGGCAACAGCAACACCACCACCACUACACACUAGCAGUUACACGCAUACGCGGAUGUCAAAACAGGGAUAGCUGCUAGAUGUGAAGAAGAUUCAAUGGCUUUUUGCAACGAUGAGUACUUUGAGAAAAUUGGACGUAUGCAAAAGAACAUACACGAACUGGAGAAGAAGAGGCUUGCGCUCGAGAGAGAUCUGUUUACAUACUGCAGGUCUGACCAAAGAGUUGCACAGUUAAAACACGCCAAGUUUCAGCAGCAUCUGAAGGAGAUCUCUCGGAAAGAGGAGCAAGCCAAAGUCAGGAACCUGGAGUAUCUAAGAUAUGCGGAGGCGGUGGUGCCACAGGCAGCUCAUUGCUAUCCUGACCUCAGCUCCCUACACCAAAUGAAGGCAGAAUGCUGGAAACAACUGUGCAAACUAAGGGAAAAUCAGAGCAAACAGAGAACGGGGUUGCAGAACAAGAACAAGCAUUUAGCAGCAUCAUCUAAAAAUCCUCCAAUGGCCCAGCCCUCAGUCAUCUUCAUGGGUCGACAGACCAUCAGAGAUCCGGCCUCCGAUCCCGUCACGAGUGUACUCUCACCGUCGCUGUCACACUCGCCGCCUAAUCACCGCCCGCAACCUUUGCUUCCGAGUGGCCUUUUGAAGGACGCCUGCGCUUCAAAGGCCAGCGUCGGCCCGGUCUUAUCUGAUGACAUUCUAGACUCCAUCCAGCUUCCCACCGGCAACGCUCCGAGUGGUGGACAUGAAAGGAGCAUGCCCGGAGUGCCAUCUGAUUGCAACCUCUCCGCAAGGGCCACAGAAGCGCCCACCGAGGCCACACCUCGAGUGACCUUGAGAGGGCCGCCGGAGGACCUGAUCGUGCCACCGGUGCCAACACCCAGCGCUGAAGACCCACAGGGGCUUGAGAGAAGUUCCCCAUCACCACCAUUGGCUAUCUCCCAGCACUCACACCAACACCACCACCACCACCACAGUGGCAGCAGCAGCCUCAACGAUCCCCCUGAGGACCCAUCAGAAAGUGGCCUUAAACAGGAGGGCUUGGAUGGAACCCUGGAUUGCUCACAAGAGUUUCGAGUGGAGGAUUUGGAGAAAGUUCCAGAAGCUGCAAGGUCCAGGACUCCUAGUAUUUCAAGCUCCACUAUCAGCAUUUCACCUGACUCUUCGGAGAACAUCGAUGACUCCCUCUCCAUCUCCAUCAGUGACCGUGAUCUUCAGAAAUCUGUGAAGACGAAGAGCUCUGGCCAGAAACUCUCCAAAAAGCACAGUGCCUUGCCUGAAGAAGAUAAGAUAUCUGCCACACUAGCACAGGCAACAUUACAAGAUGACUCUGACCCAUCGUCGCAUAGCUCCGUCACAGACAGGCUGUCAUUAGAUGGUCUGUCCUAUUUGCUGGACCAUAUAGAGGACCGGCUGUAUGAUGGGGAUGAGGGGCCGUACCGCAACCUCACCGUCAGCCAGCAGAAACUCAGCCAUGUGAUCAGCCUUUGUCGGGGGAAGGCUACUGCCGGCUCCCUGAAUGGAGAGGCGCUGGGAGUGUGCGGAGCGGUGGCCCUACAGCUGCUGUGGAGGUUGUCACGGAGCACGUCAAAGGGAUGCCUAUUACCCCCGGAGCUGGAGAUCGCAGGGGCCAACGGUGGGGAGUGCGGUGGCGAGCGGAGGGCAGAAAUAAGGUGCUGGCUGCCUGCUGACGCUCGGCCCCUGUGGGAGCGCUGGCUGAGCCACGUCCUGCUGCUCAGGGACAGGCAGGUCAUGACCCCGGAGGAGAUCCUGCAGGUCUUCACCCCUGCCCUGCUGCAGCCACACGCCUCCUACACACACAAGGCGGAGGUGAUUCUGAGGGGAGUGUUGAACGAACAUCCUGUGGAUGUGGCUUCCACUCUGUCAGACAACGCAGACUUGUCAUCAGCCAGCCUGCCUUCCAUUCUGGGGGACGGCAGUGACGCCCAGCCCUCCAAGCCAGCCACCCAGAGGUCUGUGGCUGGUUUGGCCGCACAAGGAGUACAAAGUGCUGAAGAGGACAGUGCUGACCAGGGCUCGCUGGAAAGUAUCCCUAUUAGAGAGACAAAGGCCUAUCAGCUGCUUAAACAGUCUGCCACACAUGACCAGCGCUGGAGUCGCAUGGCAGACACUGAUGAUGAAGAAGAGGAAGAGGAGAUGGAGGGUGAGGGUGAGGAGGAGGAUGACCGACCCAGCCAGCCGCCACAAGGUGGUCUUUCCACACAGUCUGUCCACUUCGAUAAUGUAAUGAGGAUAAUUAUAAUCUUACGAGCAUGUUUUACACAUAAGAUAGCAGAAAUAUGUUCCAACAAUGGAAUAGAGCAAUGGAAGACAAGAGAAAAACACACACUGCUGUUCUGGCACCGCUGGACUAUAAAAGAGUUUGCAAUCAGAAGGCAGCAAGGGAGACAGGGAGACAGAGGCAGCCAGAUCGAGGCCAAUCAAGGAGCAUCAUUAGCCAAAGGGAAACACAGCAGAUUUGGAGGAGGGAAGGACACCAGCACUCAAGACUCUUUUCGGAAAGAGAAAACAAAGGCAGAGGCCCUUACAGCUGUUCAGUCAAAAGCUUUUUGGGGUGAAUCAGAUGACAGCAAUUCCGACAUUGAAAUUGCCUUGCGUCCACGGUCCUGGAAGUCCAGUGACGAUACCGAUGAUUUCUACGAUUGAUUGCAACCUUUGGGAACGAACAGUUAAUGGUGGCAGACCAUCUGGCCAGAGGUUAUGCUUAUGUGCUCUUGUUUGCUCUUGUCGUACUUACAACUGUGCAUCGCAUUAGAAUAAAUCAAAGCACCGUCUCUCGGGCAGUGAAAGCAUGUGUGGGAUUUUUUAUAUUCUUUUUUUUGUCAUAAACAUGCCAAGCUGAACUCUGCUUGUAUCUCUCCAGCUGAACAGCCCUUGUGACUGGUUGAAAUAGAUUAAACUUUGCUUUCAAAGCUA